AUGAACUCCCUUAAUCUCAUCUCCUCCCGAGUCAUCGGACAGUCUCAAUCCACCUCUCGCCCUCGGUCCCGGUCUCAAGGUGAACUUCUGAAGAAGGAAUCCGGCGAUGAGGAUUUUAGAGGAAGAUCAUACAGCGCGGAGCUUACAGCCGAGCUGCAGAAUGAGCCCGACACCCUUUUCUCCGACAAGCUACCCGCCGAAGCAGCUGCCGAGGAGGGGGGACCUGCCAUAAAGUCGGAGGAUGAGAAGCAUCCUCUGCUGUACACGGGCCAGAAGGAAGAUGUAGCCUCGACUCCAGAAGGCUGGCGCCUGCUGGUCAAGAAGCUGACAGACGCUAUAACCGCCAUUUUGGCUGCAGUCGGUGCCCCAGUGGUCUAUCUCGCGAAGUGCUUUAGGGAUCAGGAUGGGAGGUUCACCAUGGUCCCAGGAUGGCCGCGAAGGGAAAGGCCACUUAACGCCAGCACUACACGUGCGAUGGGGCUCUCGAAUGCUGCCCAGGACGGCACUUGGCCUAAUGAGAAGCCCACACACCGCGCUCUCCAAGAGACGAAGCUACGCCACUCAUAUUCAAGCGACUCAUUAGAUACCACCACUUCGGAUUCCGACGCAGAGCACCGCAAGGCUGAGCGUGCUCAGCUACGGUCGAAGCCGAAGCGCGAUAAGACCUCACGAGAGGACUCGGAAACCCGGCGAUCGUCCGUCAGGAUCAAAGAGCAAAAUGAUUUGGCUCUCAAAAGGCGAAAACAAAAGAAAGCCGCCAGUCCAUUGGCUGAUUCCACCCCAUUGACCGUCGACAACAUCAAAUCCCCGCGAUCGCCUUCUCCGUCCCUGAAGAUCACUAGAUAUCCUCAUGCGCCGCAACCACCCCGGCCCCUGGUACCUCGAAGGCAACCUUCUUAUGCCAACCUCAUCCCCAGGUCGCCAUCCCGCCAUGGUCCGCCGCUACAACAAAAAACGCUGAUUUUAGACCUUGACGAAACCUUGAUCCAUUCUCUGGCCAAAGGCGGGCGGAUGUCGUCGGGGCAUAUGGUUGAGGUCAAGUUGAAUGCCCCUGUGGCUCUCGCACCUCCUCAACCAGGUCAAGCGACACCUGUGAUUGGCCCCCAACAUCCUAUUCUAUACUAUGUGCACAAGCGACCUCACUGUGACGAGUUUCUGCGGAAGGUUGCCAAGUGGUAUAAGCUGGUGGUGUUUACGGCGUCCGUGCAAGAGUACGCGGAUCCGGUGAUUGACUGGUUGGAGACGGAGCGAAAGUACUUUGUGGGCAGAUACUACCGACAACAUUGCACAUUCCGCAAUGGGGCAUACAUCAAAGAUCUCAGCAGCAUUGAGCCCGAUUUGAGCAAGGUUAUUAUUCUGGACAAUAGUCCCGUCAGUUACAUUUUCCACGAAGACAAUGCGAUCCCGAUCGAGGGAUGGAUCAAUGAUCCGACCGACAACGAUUUGCUUCAUUUGAUACCCAUGUUAGAGGCGCUGCAGUACGUGACGGAUGUGCGGGCGCUGUUGGCGCUGAGGAGAGGAGAGGCUGAGGCGGCCAGCGCAUCGGCCUCAUAG